UGUGUACAAAAGGACAUGAAACAUUUUACACCGUCAAAGUGCAAUAUACAAAGUUUCAUUCAACAAAGUUGUUCCUUUGGAAGCAGUGCCGACGCAAUACUAAAUCACGGCGGAAUUUGUGCAAGUGAAAACAAAAAAAUGUUAAACAUACAGCGCCGCCAAAAUAUUUUAAUCAUGAUAGGUUUCGUGUUGGUUGUUGGACAGUGUUACUUUGUUUUGAUGAGACACAAUGUCCGACAACUUUCUGUAGUGAAAAUGUUUCUUACAGAUCCGCCAAACUAUUCAAUGUACAGAGAAGAGGAAAUAUUUAACAUCGUACCUAAGACAGAUUUGCGCACCAAAUUAUUAACGCCAAGCCCUACAAGUGAACGCUACGAGCUGAUGGAAAGGUACGCACAGGAUGUGCUGCCGGAUACUGACUCACCCUUCAAACGAAUAUUGUUUUGGAACGAGGCCUACGGAAACAAAGAAUACGGCGUUGGCCAAGGACGCAACGCGUUGCGUGAAUCCGGCUGCCCUGUUUGGCAAUGUGAAACCAGUGACAAUCGAACUAAUGUUCAAGAAUACGACGCUGUAGUGUUUCAUCUUCGCAGUUGGACACGAAACGAUUUGCCGGACAAGCGAUCGCCUCACCAACGUUAUGUGUUCUGGAGUAUUGAAUCUGCAGCUUGGCGAUUUAUUGAUACGAAUCUAAUGAAUAACUUUUUCAACUGGACCAUGACUUAUCGCUGGGACUCGGAUAUGGUUAGUCCGUACGGAUACAUAAAACCAAAUGGAGGCGUUCCACUUCAUCCCACCGAUGAACAAAUGAAAAACUACUUAUCCCGUCCUUCCCUUAUCAACUACGCAGAGGGAAAGACGAAAAUAGCCGCUUGGUUCGUUUCAAACUGUGCGUCACAAAGCAGAAGAAACGAAAUGGUGAGAGAGCUUCAAAAGUACAUUGACGUCGAUAUUUAUGGAGACUGUGGGACAAUGGUCUGUCCAAGGAAACGCGAGGAUGACUGCCGAAAAAUGGCCGGAAAAAAGUACAAGUUUUACUUGUCACUUGAAAAUUCCUUGUGUCUAGAUUACGUAACCGAAAAAUUUUUCGGCAUGAUGGACGAGCCCAUAAUCCCAAUUGUUGUCGGAUUCCACAAUCACCACGAAAAGAUAGCACCGAGACAUUCCUUCAUUAACGCGGCCAAUUUCGAAAAUAUUAAAAAACUAGCAGACUACAUGAUAUUACUCGACAAGAAUGACACCUUGUACAAUGAGUACUUUUGGUGGAAAUCCCAUUUUGAAGUACGUAACAGCCAGCAAGACUUCAAUAAAGGGAUGUGUCAUCUGUGUGCCGCUCUUCACGAUCCAACAUUACCACCCAAAAUCUACAAAGACAUGAACAGCUGGUGGGAUAAAAACGCAACUUGUCAAACCUUUAAAGUCUUGUAACUGCUUAAAAACCUA